AUGGUCAUUGAAGUCAUGCAAGGGGUGGGGACAGACUUCAACGCCUUCUUCAGAGAGAGACCUGGACUGUGUCUGAAUCACAAUGUCGCCUAUAACGUCCAAGUCAUUAUGGCAGCAGCUCUCAUUAACGUCCAUGUCCUCCUUGCCUCUUACAUCGUGACAUUUCUGAUUGGCUUGCCUGCCAACAUCCUGGCAUUUUAUGCGUUCAGCAAGAAGGCCCGCGACAACCCCACGCCGACGGACAUCCUGCUGCUCAACCUGACUUCGUCUGACCUCCUCUUCCUCUUCUUCUUGCCGCUGAAGAUGUACGAGGCGGGUCAGGGCCUUCACUGGUACCUGCCGCAGUUCCUCUGCUCUCUUACGCAGUUCAUAUUCUUCACCACCAUCUACACCAGCGCGCUCCUGCUGACCGCCGUCAGUGUGGACCGUUUCCUGGGCGUGGCCUUCCCCAUCCGCUACCGGCAGCUGCGCAAGCCACGCUACGCCAUCUGCACCGCCGUGCUCGCCUGGCUGGUCAGCUCUGGGAACUGCAGCUUCAUCUUCGUGACUGAGCACCUGCAGGAAGUGCACGACGGCAACAGCAGUCGUCCGCGCGACAAGUGUUACGAGGACUUCAGCUCCGAGCAGCUACGCAUGCUUUUGAUUGUGCGUCUGGAGAUCUUCGUGGUGCUGUGUGUGAUACCGCUGCUCAUCUGCAUCUUCUGCUACGGCAACUGCAUCCGCAUCCUCUACAGCAAGCCGCGCAUCCCGCCGGAGCGCAAGCGCAAGGCCAUCGGCAUGGCCGCGGGCACGCUGGCUGUCUUCUUGAUCUGCUUCCUGCCCUUCAACACGACACAUGUGGUGGGCUUCCUGACCGGCAGUAGCCCCAAGUGGCGCUACUACGCGUUGCUGCUCAGCACCUUCAACACCUGCUUGGACCCCAUCAUCUUCUACUUCUCCUCCCCCACCUUCCGCAACACCACCAAGGUGUCCAUCGUCAAGAUGCUGAUGCUUAAUCGGAAAAAUAAAAUACAAUCAGUCGGACAGCCGGAGCACAGAGUGCCUCCGAAAGUGACCCUCUGA